UCACCAACCCUGUUCUCCUACAUCUUGUGCCUCGAAGCAUUCUUGUAGCCUUCACAAACAGCAGCCAUGCUGAACCCAAAGAAGCUCAUCAAGAUGGUGAGGAAGUGGCAGAAGGUGUCUGCCUUGGGUAGGAGAAGAAUCAUGUCGAAGAAUUCAGAUACUAGUGCUACAGCAGACUCACCCAGUUCUCUGGUUGCAAGCAAAGGCCAUGUGUUCAUGUACACCACCGACGGCAAGCGCUUCAUGGUGCCCUUGAAGUAUCUAACCAGCAGCAUCUUCCGGGAGCUCCUGAGGUUGUCCGAGGAAGAAUUCGGUUUGCCGACCGAUGGGCCGAUAACGCUGCCGUGCGAAGCCGCCUGCAUGGACUACAUCAUCUCCUUGCUUCACAGCCGAGUCCCAAGGGAGGUGGAGAGAGCUGUGCUUGCCUCCAUCGCCAGUAGUCGGUGCACCACAGCUUUAGCUCCAGAGGGGCUCAACCAGCAGCUGGUCCUCUAUGGCUUCUGAAAGAGUCACUUCCAAGUAGGAUCUGUACAUUGUAUUCUCACCCUCGAAAUUUUGAUCCUAAUAAUAUUAGCGAUCAAGUCUAACUUCGGGUACUGUAACUUCCGAGCAAUAAAGCUGCACAGUAUGCGUGAAUGAUUCAUUA